AUGCGACUCCUUCAUUUUAACGCGUUGAGCAAGCUCGUCCUAACAGACUUUCACGGCAAACGCAUUCCACCCUACGCUAUCCUAUCGCACAGAUGGAGCGACUCGGAGAUCCUCAUCGAAGAUAUAACGAGCGAGACAUAUAGAGAGAAAGAAGAAAGCUAUAAGAAGCUUAUGUUUUGCGCCAGACAGGCGGCACAGGACGAGCUGCAGUACUUUUGGAUCGACACAUGCUGCAUCAACAGAUGGAACAACAACGAGCGCUCAAGGGCUAUUAACUCCAUGUUUGAGUGGUACAAAAAUGCGACGCGAUGCUACGUCUUUCUGUCAGAUGUGUUGGUAUCAACAGAGCCAGUGCAGCGUGGCGACUGGGAGGCGUCGUUCUAUGCAAGUGCGUGGUUCACUCGGGGGUGGACACUGCAAGAGCUGAUUGCACCAGCAUCAGUGGAGUUCUUUUCGCGCGAAGGACUGCGCAUAGGCGAUAAAACAUCGCUCGAUCAACUACUCCACACUAUUACUAGUAUUCCGCUUGCAGCGCUGCGCAACUGUCCCCUCGACCAGUUUAGCACAUCUGAGCGCAUGCAAUGGGCUAAAAAUCGCGUGACGACUGAGGAAGAGGAUAUAGUAUACUGCCUACUUGGACUUCUUAGCGUCUCUAUGCCUGCAACGUAUGGUGAAGGACAGGAGAGCGCAUUAGAAAGACUGCAGGCUGAGAUACAGGGAGUUGACAGCGCACCGUCCAUUAUUCCGUUCUCGCGUAACAAGUCUUUUAUGGGCCGCGAACCACAGCUCGCGGAGCUAGAGGCGAAGCUCUUCAGCAACAAGCAAAGCACUACCACCCUAGCGAUCGUUGGGCCUGGCGGAAUGGGCAAGUCACAGCUUGCGCUCGAGGUUGCACACAGAGCAAGGCGGCACAACACAGAUUGCGCGGUGUUCUGGAUAGAUGCGAGCCAUAAAGACAGCCUCUACCAGUCGUAUGCAAGCGUUGCGCAGAAGCUCAGUAUCCCUAGAUGGAAUAGUGAUCUAGCAGAUAUGAAGCAGGUCAUAAAGCACUGUGUAGCAGAGCUGAGUGAGCGGCAGUGUUUGCUAGUCUUCGACAAUGUAGAUGACAUCACUCUACUAUCUAGCAGCUCGUCAACGGUAGAUUCGACAGGCUCAGCUAACUACCUACCACAGUCCACACGAUGUUCUGUAAUCUUCACAACAACAAGCACUGAAAUAGCUAAGACGCUUGCUCUGCAAAAUGUCAUAGCGCUACAUGAGCUAACGCCAGACACGGCGUUAAGAAUGCUUCAAAACAGUUUGUUGAGACCACUCUUACCUACUGAGCAACAACAAUCAGCCCUCUUACUUAGAGAGCUGUUAUACCUGCCUAUAGCAGUUGUGCAGGCGGCUGCAUGCAUGAACGCUAGUGACAUGACAGUGCAGGAGUACGCAUCACAGCUAGAUAAGCACAAAAGCAUCGUUCAAGAGUAUAUCGACAAGUUGCCCAAGCAUAGAUCGCACCACUCAAGUCUAAGCAGCCCAGUUACUACCACAUUAUUUCUAUCUAUUAGCCAACUUCGCUAUAGAAACUCGAUGGCUAUAGACUAUCUUUCCCUUGCUGCAUGUCUAGAUCGAAAAGACAUCUUGCUCGACCUUCUGGAGACACCAUCGCUGCGGGCCCGGGAAGAUGCUAUUAAGAUACUCAAUAAGUAUGCGCUUAUCACGAGGCGACCUGCCGAGUCAGCACUAGAAGUCCAUCAAUUAGUACAUGAAGCUCUACGUACUAGGCUACAGGCUCAGGGUCAGUUCCAAAAUUGGACCCAACGUGCCAUCACAAAGCUGGUUCAGGAGUUUCCAAACUUCGAUCACAGUAACAGAAGCAAAUGCAGGCGCUUGCUACCACACGUGCAACACAUCCUGUCGCAUAGUCAGGCAGAAAACAUCGAUGGGGUAACACUAGUUCUUAAACAAAAAUGUGCCGCGAGCCUGUACAAUGAUGGCAAGUACCAGGAAGCUGAAGAGCUAGGGGAGCAAGUGAUGCAGGCAUACAAGAGGAUAUUUGGUGACGAGCAUCGGAUCACGCUAGCCAGCACGGCUAAUCUAGCGUCAGUAUACAUAAACCAAGGACGAUGGUGUGAGGCCGAAGAGCUACAGGUGCAAGUAACACAGACUCAAAGGAAAGUACUUGGCGACGAGCACCCAGACACGCUAACCAGUAUGGCCAAUCUGGCGUCGACGUAUAGAAAGCAAGGGCGGUGGAGUGAGGCCGAAGAGUUAGAGGUGCAAGUAAUGCAGACAAGCAAGAGAGUGCUUGGUGAUGAGCAUCCAGAAACGCUGACCAGCAUGGCUUACUUAGCGUCGACGUAUAGGAAGCAAGGGCGGUGGAGUGAGGCCGAAGAGUUAGAGGUGCAAGUGAUGCAGAGGAGCAAGAGAGUGCUUGGCGACGAGCAUCCAGAAACGUUGACUAGUAUGGCCAGCCUAGCGUCGACGUAUAGGAAGCAGGGGCGGUUGAGUGAGGCUGAAGAGCUAGAGGUGCAAGUGAUGCAGACGAGCAAGAGAGUGCUUGGCGACGAGCAUCCAGAAACGCUAAAUAGUAUACACAACCUAGCGUCGACGUAUAGCAAUCAAGGGCGAUGGGGCGAGGCUGAAGAGCUGGAGGUGCAAGUGAUACAGACGAGCAAGAGAGUGCUUGGCGAUGAGCAUCCAGAUACGCUGACUAGUAUGGCUAACCUGGCGUUGACGUACUCGAACCAAGGGCACUGGGGCAAGGCCGAAGAGCUAGAGGUACAAGUGAUGCAGACGAGCAAGAGAGUACUUGGUGACGAGCAUCCUUCCACGCUGACCAGCAUGGCCAACCUGGCG